AUGGACGCCAGCGCGCUGGAGCUGGACGCGGUGAAGUUCGCGCAGCUGGCGGUGCAGCGGGACCAGAGCGGGCGCUACCAGGAAGCUGUCUUCUACUACAAGGAGGCUGCACAAGCCUUGAUUUAUGCUGGGAUGGCAGGGUCCAACUUGGAAAACAUUCAAGAAAAGAUAAAUGAAUACUUGGAGAGAGUUCAAGCUCUCCAUUCAGCAGUUCAGUGCCAGAACACAGACCCCCUGAAGUCCAAGCAGCAGCUGGACCUGGAGCGUGCUCACUUCCUGGUCACCCAGGCCUUUGAUGAAGAUGAUAAAGGCAAUGCAGAGGAAGCUGUGGAGCUGUACACGGAGGCAGUGGAGCUCUGUUUGCAAACAGCUACAGAAACCUCAGAAGUAGGCCUGCAGUCGAAGCUGAAGCAGCUGGCUCGUCAGGCACUGGACAGAGCAGAGGCACUGAAGGAAUCUAUGUCCAGGUCAUCUCAGAAAGAGAAGUCAACGGCAGCUAAACCAAAUCAGCCAGUCAGAACCUUCUUUCCACUGGGACCCGAUUUCUCUUUGAAUGACAAGCCACAGACAAUCAGGGCAGUACAAGCUAGUGAGCCUCAAGGUCAGAGAUACACUGCAGAGGAGAUAGAAGUGCUCAGGAAAACUUCCAAAAUCAAUGGCAUUGAGUAUGUCCCUUUCAUGAGUGUGGACCUGAGGGAACGUUUUGCAUUCCCCAUGCCGUUCUCUGAUAAAUGUGGGAAGUUACCCUUAUCCCCCAAACAGAAAGCAAUGUUUGCCAGGUGGGUGCGACCAGAUGACAUCACCAAUAACCCCACCAUGAUUUAUACUGUGUCCAGCUUCAGCAUCAAGCAGACAAUAGUAUCAGACUGCUCCUUUGUGGCAUCACUAGCUAUCAGUGCAGCAUAUGAGAGGAGGUACAACAAAAAACUGAUCACAAGCAUAAUUUACCCUCAGAAUAAGAAAGGAGAGCCAGAAUAUAAUCCAUGUGGCAAAUACAUGGUGAAGCUUCACAUCAAUGGUGUGCCUAGAAAGGUGAUCAUAGAUGACCAAUUACCUGUUGAUCACAGUGGGGAACUUCUCUGCUCUUACUCUAACAACAAGAACGAGCUGUGGGUGUCGCUGAUAGAAAAGGCUUACAUGAAGGUGAUGGGAGGAUAUGAUUUUCCUGGAUCCAAUUCUAACAUUGAUCUCCAUGCCCUGACUGGCUGGAUACCUGAAAGAAUUGCUAUGCACUCUGACAAUCAGGCUUUCAAUAAAGACAGCACCUUCAGAAUGCUUUAUCAAAGAUUUCACAAGGGAGAUGUCCUCAUCACAACAGCAACAGGGGUGAUGUCUGAAGAGGAAGGAGAAAAGUGGGGUUUGGUUCCAACCCAUGCAUAUGCAGUGCUGGAUAUAAGAGAGUAUAAGGGACUUCGAUUUCUGCAGCUGAAAAACCCCUGGAGCCACUUGCGUUGGAAGGGUCGAUACAGUGAACACGACACCAGGAACUGGACCCUAGACUUACAGAAAUACUUGAAUUUUGAUCCCAAAACAGCUCAGAAGAUAGACAAUGGCAUUUUCUGGAUUUCCUGGGAGGACCUGUGCCAGUACUAUGAUGUCAUUUAUCUGAGCUGGAACCCAAGCCUGUUUAAGGAGUCUACUUGUAUUCACAGCACCUGGGAUGCGAAGCAGGGCCCAGUGAAGGAUGCCUACAGCCUGGCCAACAACCCCCAGUACAGGCUGGAAGUCCAGUGCCCCCCAGGGGGUGCUGCUGUCUGGGUCCUGCUCAGCAGACAUAUCACAGAUAAGGAUGACUUUGCACACAAUCGGGAGUUCAUCACCAUGGUGGUGUACAAGACAGAUGGCAAAAGAGUUUACUACCCAGCGGAUCCUCCUCCCUACAUCGAUGGCAUUCGCAUCAACAGCCCUCACUACCUGACCAAGAUCAAGCUGACCUCUCCAGGGCCCCACACCUUCACCUUGGUGGUGUCCCAGUAUGAGAAACAAAACACCAUCCACUACACCAUCAGGGUGUAUUCCCUCUGCAAGUUCACCUUCUCCAAGAUUCCAACACCUUACACCACCUCCAAACGGGUGAAUGGGCAGUGGAAAGGGCACAGUGCUGGAGGCUGUGGGAAUUUCAGAGACACCUACAAGAACAACCCCAUGUACCAGUUCCAGCUGGACAAGACUGGACCCUUACUUAUAGAGCUGCGGGGACCAAGGCAGUACAGCGUUGGCUUUGAGCUCAUCACUGUGUCUACAGUAGGAGAUCCUGGCUCCCAUGGCUUCCAGAAGAAGAGCAGUGGUGACUACAGGUGUGGAUUUUGCUACUUGGAAGUGGAGAAUGUCUUUGCUGGAGUUUACAACGUUAUCCCCACCACCUUCCUGCCCCAGCAAGAGGGCCCUUUCUUCUUAGACUUUAACAGUACCUCUGCCCUGAAGGUGUCACAGCUGCAGUGAGAAGACAGAGCUGUGCUUUGCUGGUCAAGGAGGUGGCUUUGCACUGUCCUGCAGUCUUGGAGCAGGUGAAUAACUCUUACUGCACACAGGCAUAAAAGGAAGGAAUGUCCCAAGCUAAAGGCAGAGGCAUGGGAUGGCUGCUGGCCCCAUCAGUUGUGGGGGGCAGCUGGCUGGGGGUUUGCUGCUGUGGUGUUGGAGCAGGAGCUGCUCGGCAGGCUCCUGAGCAGGCUGCAGUGCUGGUGCUGACAUGAGCUGGUCAUUUUACUGCUUUUCUUACUUCAAAUCAAAGCCCAGUGAGCUAAGGGAGUAACACUGAGAUUCUCUUCUCCUGAAAUCCAGGGUUAGGGGGUUAAGAUUUACUUCAAAGUAAACACAUGAGGAAAAGUAUUCUUGCGUUCUGCUUCUUCAGUUUCAGCACCAAAGAGCUUUCACUGCCUGCUUGUGCUGCUAUCUCGAGUGCUUUCAGCACUGAAGUAGUUCUCACAUGGAAGUGCACAUUUGCUGCUGCUGCUGAGGGCUGCGUGCAGCUGCUCUACAACACGAGGAAAGAAAGGGAAGCUUUAGCUGAGGCCUCACUCCUGUUACUCCAGAGCUGUUACCUCAGCACGCAGUGGUACAGCACAGGGUACUCUGGGAGUCCUCCCCGGGGGCAUCCAGGAGCUUGGCAGCAGCAGUGCCAGCUCUGCAGCCAAAGGGGCGCUCUGAGAGCCUGGCAGUCUCCUUGCUGACCCCAGCAGGCACUGAACUCCCCACCACCAGCACAGCUGAUAGAAAAAUGACAGGAACAAAACAUGCCUGUAGGGGAAGGAGCAUUGAAAGCCUGCCCUCAGACCACAGCUGCAGAAGAUGCACUUUCUGGUCCUAUCAGACAAGACAGCUUUGGAAAGGUGCCUUUGUCCUUGCAAGCUGAAGCCACUGAAAGACACUUGGCCAGUGCCAGCAGCAGGAGCAUGAUCAGAGCUCUUCAGAAAACGGUUGGCAGUGAGAGCAGUGCAGAAGCAGAGUUUGUAGGAGCCUGUUCUGUGUUCUUUCUCUAGAUCAACAUCCACUGCAGCUGAAGAUAGCAAAGUUUUUAAUUUAAAUUCUGCCUCACUCAUCUAAAAUACAAUGGGUUUGUCUCUUUCCCCGCCAACCCCAUGUGGAGUUUUGUCCUUUUUUUUUGCACUGGGUUUUGUCUUUUUGCAAUUCCACUCUAUUUGACACAGACCAGUGGGUGGAGCUCACCCUCACCACUGCACCAGGUUCAAGCUCAGUAUCAGUGUCCCUUUAUCACACAAGCUCCUCAUCUAUUGCACCUACCCAGGCUGGCAGAAUCCCAUGCAUGUCCCUUCAGGAUGGGACCCCUGAGUGGAGAAUUGGGAAGAAAAUACAAAAGCAUUGUUAUAAAGUCUGGUCUACAGCCUCAGGCUCUGGGAAAAUUAAUUUUCCACCAGGAUUUUCUUUCCUUUUUCCCCAGAAAAGUCCAGUUCUGACAGCCCUCAGAGCAGUGCCAGGCUUUGACAGAAGCUGUCCAAUUGUUCCACAAAAGAGUGCAGAAAAGGAAUUGGGAAGUGAACUGCUGCUCUGAUUGCAGCACCUGGGCUGAGCUUUUCUUCUCUGCUGCUGAGCAUUUCUUGAGUCCUGUCACACACCACGAGGACAGUGGUUGUGUCACCUCUUGACCCUUAGGUCUCCUCUGCCUGUAACCAUGCAGUUCAAGCUUUUAAACAUGAAAAGACAAAGCCUCCUAUGAUAUCCCAAGGGAUAGCUGAGGAUGCAAAGGAAGGAUUUGAUUCUCACUGAUGGUGCAGGGGGAUAACUGCAGAGAGGUGCUGCUGAAGCUCUGACAUUCUCCUUAGGAUGAGGGGCAAUGGUUUGAAAUGAGAGCAUUCUAGGCUUCUAUUUUUUUAAUCCUACUUCAAGGCUCCCUCCAAGCCCCAGUGCUGCUGCUGGCUGUAGCUCAGGGGAGCACAGAGCCUGCUGGGUUGUGUCACUCCUCGGUUACUCUUGAGCCAACAGUUCUCAGACUGGAUGGGAGGCAGGGCCAUGGGUGAGGGGUACCACCAGCUUCUGUCCCCUCUGCCCCAUGAGCCUGGUACUCAGUCCUGCUCCCUGCUGCAAGUUUCAUGUUUCUGUUCUGUACAGUAAUGCUGCACCUGACCACAGAUCUGUGUCCUGUUAGGAGCAGGCUGUGUGGACAUACCAAAGAACAGUUCCAGGGUACCAUUUGCUUUAUACUUUUUCACCUCAGAGCAGCUGAAGUGGUCACAGACUUUGAUACACCAGAGGCUUAUUUUUAUACCCAUAAAGGCAGCCCCUUCUCCUUACACUGCAGAAUGCAUAGGGAGCUCCAGAGAAGGGGGACUGGAGCCAGCCUGUCCAUUUGUCUGUCCUCCACCUGUCACUCUGUCCUUUCCACUGCUGGCUUUGAUGAAGUUUAAAAUAAAAGGAAUUUUCCAUUGAUG